AUGGCGAACUCAAGUGACGAGUCUCUUAUUAUGACUUUACUGGAACAGAUCAGGGCUUUGGAAGAUGAGAGGGAUAAGGCUUUGCAGCUUGUUAGCGACCUCGAGAAGAAAGUGAAAGUAGGCUCAAAGUCAGAAACAGAUUCUCACGGAGUCCAAGGUAUCGACAGUCCGAGCGAGGAGUCUGAGACGAAACUUGAGAAAUUAAAGGAAGAGAACGAAGUUUUAAAAGGAACCGUUGAAUCAAUGGCACAAGCGGUGAUAUUCGAUCUCGAAGAAAUUCGACUCAAUGAAGAGCAACGAAGAUUUAAUUUAAAAGAACUCAUUUGCGAGGAGCAGAAUCAUCAAUCCGAAGAGGCAAGCAAGGACAUGGAUGCUGAUGGUUAUAAGACAAUGUUGGACAUGUGUAAAAAGUAUUAUGGAAAAAUGGUGGCUGAGCUUCAGGACGAGAGAGGCUCUUUACAGCAGAAGGUUGAGAAACAGCAAGCUUUGCUCCUGGAAAAGGACAUGAAAAUUGCAGAACUGGAAUUGAAGCUACAGCAAGGUUCUCGAAAGUAAAAUAUGCUAAUUGCUUGAAAUACAUCUUUGUGAAAACAGGUUAGAUUUUGUAUAUUUUGAUACGCAACACUCAGAGAAACCAAAGUUCAAAUGGGAUUCAUCAUUCGUAAGUUACAUGGAGAUAACUAUGGUUAUAAUGAUGAAAUAAAAUUUAGGGGCUCCUGAUCAAGUUAAUUAAAAGAAUUUGAAAAUCAGACUUGGUUUGAUGCUCCUCUGGUUUAAAGAUUUAAUGAAUGUAACUGAGUAGUUACAAUUCAUAGACCCAUCAUACAGAACCCAUCAAGAGAAUUUUGAAUAGCCACAACAUUUAAGUUGCUCAAAAACCUUUAGGACUUUAGGGUAUAUUUUUGCAAAACCUUAGGAUCCAUUAGGAAAGGACAAUGAACUGACACUAUUUAUUUUAUUUUGUGGAAUGACUGUGAUCACAAGUUUAUCAGACAGACCAAAAAGAGCAUAGAAAGGGGUCUUCUUUUGGGAAAAAAAAUUCAGCUUUGUCAGUGCAUGCAUGCGUUACCAUGGGCAGCUCAAGCUCUAGCUGUGAGAUGAUCUUCUUGUGAAAUAAGAGUCAUUACAAAAUUAUAAGAAUUUGUAUGAGAAUAUUUACAACCACUCUAACAAUUAAAAAAAUAAGUCAAAUUCUCAUUAAAAUACCUCACCUUACUUCUACAGUGCAUUUUCUGUUAUCUGAGCGCUUACUAUGUUGAAAAGAACCCAUUUUAGCUAGCUAUCCAUUUCCCAUUUCAAGCUUUCCUUAUGUAUGUAGUAAACCUUGAAAUGGAUAACUUGCUAAAGUGGGUUCUUUUUAACAUAGUAAGCAGUCAGAUAACAAGCAAUGUAUUGUGAAAGUAAGAUGAGGUAUUUUAUUGAGAAUUUUAUUUAUUUUUUUUAUUCCCUAGAGCUUCAAACUCACAUCUUAAGAAUUUUAUGGUACACAGUAAGGAGAAUUUCUAAUGAGAUCUUAGGCGUGAAAGGGUUAAGAUAAGUCAGUGCUGUGGUUCAUCAAUGUCCUAACCCAGUGGUUCAGAUUUUUUCUUUUCAACAUAUUGGGAGGAAACUUAGUGAUGUCUUUCAUGGUGAUAAUAACUGUAGAAAUAUAAAAAAAAAUGUGAAAUGUUUGCCAUUAUAGUAUGUCAAAGAGAAAUUCUGAUUCCCCUGAGAUUAAUUGAUUUUCAGACCUUUACUGAUGCAUAUGUUUGCAUAUUGGCUCAUUAUUUUCAGUGAACCAAGGAUGUGAAAUAGUGCAUCACUGCUGGGCAUAAGUAAAUGGUAAACUGUCUCUUGUAACUGUAAAACUGCUCAGGAUUGAUCAGGGUUACAGUUCAUUCAAUUAAUGUUUUGACACACAUAAUAAAGAGUCAAAUGACUCAUUCUUAGGAAAGCAAGAAUUUGAAUUAGGAUAUUUCUCAUAUUUCAUAUUUAAUUAUUGACAUUAUCAAGUGAAUGAUUGGGAAAUGCCUUCAUAAAUUAAUAAGCAUUUGUGGCAAAAUGGGUGGUUUGAUAAUUCAAUUGCAAAAAUAAGUGUUGCAAUCAGCUCUACUGCUGAUUGCCAGAAUGUUGCCAAUCACUUGUUAUGUGCAAAGUAAUUGAAAACAGAGUCACAUUUUCUUCUAACAACAAAAUUUACAAUGAAGAAAUAACCCAACUUUUUUUUAUUUUAAGCAUUGCUGUACACAGACAGUUAUUUAAGUUUUCAAUAGUUUUAUCAUGAAUAUUCAUCAAUAUGACAUACAUGUAGGUCAGAAAGAUAUUCCAUGAAUUAAAGUAUAAUGUUUUAAAAUUACAUACAAAUCAUAAGUGUGGUUGAAAUUGUUUAUUUUGUAGUAUUUCCUAGGGUUGAAUUAAAUGCUUUUUGAGAUUUAAAGGUACCAGAUUAAAACCGAUCAAACUUUUGCUGUUGACCCUUAAACUCCCAUGAGUGACCAUGAGAGAUUUUCUCUUUACAAUAUCAAUACGAUAUCAAGCAAAAAAGUGAUGAGAAUAAAGAAAAAUAUCAAUUGGGAGAUUAUUAGUUGAUCUAAUACUAUAUUUCCUGAACUAGCAUCUUAAUAGCGGAGCUCGCAGAGUGUAGCCCCAUAAUUCUACAAAAUAGUAGUAACCCAUCAAGCUGAAAAAAUCUGGAUGUACGACCGUACGACCGUACAAGGUGCUACUUUUAACAUGCGUGGUCAACUGUACCGCGGGCACGCCAACGCCACGGCUUUGUCCAGUGGUCAGUGCACUGGGCUCCGAGUCGGACGACCCGGGUUCUAGUCCUGGCCGGGGCAAGGCGUUGUGCCUUUGAGACGUGCGGGAAAAAAAUGCGAAUUCCGCUUUUAGGCUUGGCUAAAUUUAUAUAUUAAUUGUAUGGCAGACAAUAAAAAAGAAUUACUAAUGAGAUUUUGGGGAGUGAAAGGGUUAAAGUGAUGUUACUUCUUUUCAGCUGGAAAAUGCAUUUACUUUCUGCAUACACAUCACUUGUUUGCUUAAUUUUGCCAACUGAAACCACGUAGAGAGAAGAAAGAAAAGAGGAGAAAUGAAGAGUUAAAUAGCAAAGUUGAGCAAAGUGAAAUUCAUAGUAAAACAGUAAAGGUUUUGAAAUUCUGUGUCAGUCUACAAAAAAAUAUUUUGCAGCUUUUAAUUAUUUCAAAACUUCACUAUUUUAAAUGGAAGUCUCUUCAAAUGACUGAAAGACUCAUUCUUCAAAUUAGUUUUGCUCGACAUUCAAAACACAUUCAAGACCGUUGAAGCACAGGCAACCCAAGCUUCAGCUGUGAGAUGAUCAUCUUGCGAAAUAACUGUCAUGAUGGAAUUAUAGGAGUCUGUAUGGAAAUAUUUACGACCGCGCUAAGGAAUUAAAACAUACGUCAAAUUCUCAAUAAAAAUACCUCACCUUAUUUCCAGUGUAUCACUUGUUAUCUGACCGCUUACUUUGAUGAAAAGAACCCAUUUUAGCGAGUUAUCCAUUUCCAUUAAUCAUCUUACAGCUGGAGCUUGGGCUGCCUGUGGUUGAAGUUGUCAUGCAGAAGUUGGUAAUUUUUAUAUAAAAAAAAAAAGGUACGUGCAGUGAGUUCUUUGUCUCAUACCUACAAACUUUAUUUAAUUCUGCCCAAGGGAUUUUUCAGAAUUAAUUUACAAUGUGUAUAUAUAAUAUAAAAGACUAAUGAUAUAAAAUAAUAACUUACUUGUACUUGAUAUAGAAAUAACUUAAAAUUACUACUACUAAAUGAACAAUCAUAAAAACUAACACUAUUAAAUAUUCUAUAGUUAUAAGUUGAGAGACCGGUAUCCUAUUUCUUCGCUAAUUUAGCCUUUGAUCUUAGUGAUCGAGCAGUUCUAGUGUUGUUACUGAGACUAUUCCACGCUUUUGCUACCUUAUAAAAGAAACCACGCUGGGCAGCCGUUGUCCGGCAUUUUGGCAAAUUUAGAUCUUCACUGUUGCGGAGAUUGUAAACGUGCGAUGUUGAGCGCUUCUCUAUUUUACAGCUGAUAUAUGCUGGCACUAAAUUGUUAACACAUUUAUACAUCAUUGUCACGUCAAGCAAUCGAAGUUGCUCCUCUAUAGCUAGCCAGCUAAGAGCAUUCAAGGCCGGUGUAAUAUGAUCAGGAAAUACGCAGAACAGUAGAAUAAUUUACUAAACACAAUAGAGUUAAUCAUUAUAUACAGAACUUCUUUGGAGAACAGGUGGCGAACCCUACUUAUUUUACAUAAACUAGUUUGCAAAGAUGACGAUAACAAUGAGAUAUGAUUAUUGAAUGCUAAGCCAGAGUCCAGGGUAACACCUAGGUCUUUGGCGGACGAGACAGGACAUAGUUGUUGUCCAAGAAAGGGUACAGUGACGUCAGGUAACUUUGAUGCAAGUUGCAGUGUUCCAAGGAGCACAAGUUUAGUUUUAUCCGGGUUUAUAAGCUAGUGAUUUGUUGUUAUUUGCCUGCUAUCCAUCGCUCUAAGGAUGUCGUCCGUUACUUGUAAGCUCAGCGUUUCCGUUGAUUGCAGAGAUCGGUUUCCACUUUGAUGUGUCGUCAAUCGGUUAUGCAAUGUCAAGUAGUCAUUGAGCUGACGUAGUUAGUCUCAAAUAUAAGAUUUUCAUUGCCUUUUAUCCACUAUCACAGCAAGCUUAAUCUUGGCAGACUAAAGUAGGUUGUCCAUCUACCGCUCCUACUAUUUUAUUGCGACACAGAUUUUAAUAUCACAAAUUAGACAACAACCCACAUAUAGCAUGGGCUAAUCCUGGCAAAUAUUAAUAAUGCAUGCAUUUUGAGUAUCAGUAAGCUAAAACUGCAAUUUCGAUGCAAUUACAUACUUAUAGACAACACGAAAAGGUAAAACAGGCAAUAUCGAAAUUUGUCCAUUUAAAAAAUAGCUGUAUUCUGGGUUUACUGCCACCCUACAUUUCACACCUCCGGUAUACUGUUCCGCACAAUUUGUAACUAAAUUUAUGUAACUUUAGCUUGAUACCCACCUCUUUUUCAAGAAUUUUUCACUGAGGCAAGCAUGUUGCAUGGAAACCACCUCAACUCCUUUCACGUCUAUAAAAACUCGCUCUUGAUAUUCCCUAGCCAAUCAGGUUGUAGGAAUUCUCGUGGCUACGCUUAAUUGAAGGUGACCAGGUACUUUUAACUUACCCCUCCCCAUCUUUACCUAUGACUAGCACAUGCGGCUUGGUUAAAACCAAUUAAAUCAUUUCUCAGGGGGGGCCGUUCAUUUGACAAGCAAUGACAAAUGAAGUACAAAUAUUGAUAGAGUUUGCGCAUGAUAUGUAUAAUAGUGACCCAGAGAAGUUUAAUCAGUUUCGUCUUCGUUGAAUCACACUGCUUCAAACAAAAAACCACUUAUAGGAUAUUCUACUUUGAAAAGGAAGCCACAUCCAGCUCUAUUACAAACAAAAGACUUAUCCUGAUCGAGGUACAUGAUAUUCACUCGUGUCAACUUUUUAGGCGUUUUAAAAUUGCUGAACGUUCCAAUUUUUUCUCAUGGCCAAGUUCAAAUUAGCUGUUUAUGUUGUGAGUAUUAGUCUUCUUAACCAUACAAUUAGAUAUAUGCAUUCUUUAAAAGGAUACAUGAUCUUAGUUUUGUUUCAAAACGCCACUCAGAUUUGAGGGAUAUCUCUAAAAAUGGAUUAACCCUCAAACUGAGCAUUAAUCAAUUAUGCAAUUAAGCUUUCACCGCACAGAGUUUGAAGACUUUUCCAUAGAGGUCUGUUUUUUCUUUAACAGCCCGAUUCAAAUUUGAAAUUUGAAAGAGAAUCUCUUUUACUAGCACUAACCAGUGAUUAAAAAAACACAAUUAUUUUUUAAGCUGAGUUAAACGUGACAAUUAGGCCUAGGCUAAAGAGUUUUAGAAAUAUAUAUGAGAAAUUGAUAGUUGAAAACGUUUCAUGAGCCUUUUCAUGAUGGAAUUAUAAGAAACUUCACUUAUGCUAAAGCAUUUUAAUCCAACAAUUUGGGAUUAGUCCGAUUCGAUUGUUAGAGUUGUAUUUAUUUGUAUGUGUACGGGCUCUUACACUACUAUGAUGGACAGUUUUUCCGCACGUUGUUGGACGAUAUUAUGUUGCGUUAGUUACCCAACAGAUUCUGUUAGGAAUUUUGUAUGUGUAAGCUGAGCUUGUUCUUCUUCAGCUUAUUUCAGCUUUUUUCAAUUUAUAAAAAAAUUUUAUGCUAGGAAUACGAAAAGGAAUUUAACCAUGAUGAUAGAUUGAUACAGAAUUUCUAUAUUAUUGCGGCUCGUUUACUUGUUUGAAAAUAGAGAAAAAAAAUAUUGUCUAGACGACUAAGUUUCAACAGCAAAGAUGCAAAUACGAGGGACACAUUAAGAUCAAUAUACUUUUGCUUUCUUGUUCCAGGAAAAAAAAUUCCGUCAAACACACACAGCUUUGAAAGACAUAUUAGAUAAAGACAAAAUGAAAACUCACAAUUUAGAAAGAGGACAGAAUUUUUUUUAUUAUGAAUAUGGAGAUUAGCUUGCACGUUAAACCUGAAGGCUUUAAUUUCAACCAUUGUAUAUAUUUUUUUUAAUUAGACUAAAUAAUAUUCCUAUUUUUUAAAACUAAAUUGGCCUUUAGCUCUCUCUUUUGUUUUCAUCAACGGAAACGGAGCCAAGUAGUAGUCGCCUUGAGGCACUCUUAAUUGUUUGGUUUCUUUAUCUUUUUAAACAAAAUCGUUUCGACACUAGCCCUUAUUUUGGUGAGGUUCCUCUCGCUUGGUUUGAAAGAAUUAGGUGUAAAACACAGUUUUAAAGGCCCAAACUCUUUUGAAGUAUCGCGUAAUUAAGGUGGAUCUACCUUGCACAAAACAAGAGGAAAGAAUGGUUUUUUCAUAUGCUAAUCAGAAAAAUAAGUUCGUUCAAGAGUCACGGGUAGCUAAAUAAAGGGUGCUAACAGAACUCGCCAUGACGUUAUGGUGUAAGGUUUUACUGUAUCUAGUUUGGCAAUUUAUGAUUUCGAUCAGUAACUCAAAUAAUGUGAUGGCGCACCUUCAUCAGAGGGGCACUAAGUUCGUUCAAAAGUCCAGGGCAUUUUUAAAAUGCUAAAUGAAGUAAGUUUUAAAGAACCUGCCUUAUCAUUGUGGUUCACAGUGUCACAAUGUCAUGAUUGGCAAUCAGUUGUGAUUUCGAGCAGAAACUUAACUUAAAUAUUGUAUACCUUCUUUAGAGAGGCUUUGAAUCAAUUUAAUGAGGAACGGUAUUUAUUAUUAUUUGUUGUGAUCCAUAACCCCUGGCUAACAUGCAUGAUUUCUUCGUGAUAUAAAUACUUGAUUUUUUUCACUUGCUUCCCUAUUUUUCACUCUUAAACGAAUUACUGAAUUCAUCUUUAUGCUUUCGUCUCCGAUGAAAUUUACACUUACAUUAUUCAAUUCCUGCGCAUUUUUUUUCAGUAAGAGAAUUUUUUUUUUUCCUUUUUGAGUGACAAUUUCGCAACGCAGUUUUCCUAUUUUGGUAAUCACUCUUCACUCUUGCGAUUACAUAAUAUUUUUCACCUUUGGAAUUGAAAAACCGUAAAAUGCGAUUACCUAAGAUUCCUAAAGGCCUUUAAAGUGUCUUCUGACCGAAACGAAACGUGGCGUCAGAUGGAGCUGUAACCUACGUUUUAAAAACGUAUUUCAUUGAUAAAAUUGAUAUGCGCGUACUUUGAUUUUAUGACCACCCCCUUUUGAAUUUACACAAGCGAUUUUCAUAAAUAGUUUUGUAUGUUGGUCCUAAUCGUUUUAUUUCUGUCGAACCCAAGUCUUAAACGAGAAAAGUUUAGAUUUUUCUUAAGUCUGUUAAAAGCGCGUUGAAGAUUAUUAUCUUUGAAACGAAAAAAAUAUAUAUAUUCUUUAUUGGGGAACCCCAAAGGGUGAGAGAAAAAAAGCGAGAAUAUUUGUUGGAAGCCUAGGAUAGCGAUUGAAAAUGAAAAAAUCGAAAAACUUCAGGGGAAAUUCCUCAAGAUAGACAGACUAUGUUAGAAUUAAAACUAGUGUUUUUCCAUGCUAUUGGUGAAUAAUAUUUAACAACUACUCAACUCAGUGUAAGUGGCUAAUGGAGUAUUUCCCGAGCCGACACUGAAUAGAAUAGUUGAAUAGUUGUUAAAGUAUAUAUACUAAAACAGUGAGAUAAUAAUUCGAUUUUAACACAUUUAUUCCUGCAACGAUUACAAUAUUUUCGGGCGUAAAUCCCGCGCGAAUUGCUCGGAGGUGAAUAAAUAAGGCUAUUCGAUAAAGAUAUUCAGAGUUUGAGCCGAUCACAGCAUGUGUUCAACACUACUCACUGUUUCAGUAUAAAAUAAUUCUUGUUAUCUUGAUCCUUGUGAUUUCACUAUUACAGCUAUAUUGCUUAAAAUAUUUUCCUAUGUUCUAUCCUGUAAUGAAUGAAUAAAACCUUCAAAAAUAAUUUUAUCCUCCCAUAAUUGUUUACAUCGCCUGUUAUCGGAAACUUUGGAAAAAUUGCAGGACUAUUAAGUUAAUCACUUUGAUAUUUUCAGCUAUCUUUAGAAAACUAUCUUUUCAAAUACCCAUUCAAGUAACUGGUUAUUAUUUUGAGCUAGUGUAGUACCAACGUGUAAUAAUAUUUAGAAACCGAAAUGCAGAGGUAAAAAAAAGUACUCAUUGAAAAACGUCUUUUGAUCCACACUGCUUCGGCCUGAGUCGAGCCAAAACUCUUUACAAAGUUUUAUAAGCCCACAGUGAAAUCGUACUCUGCAGUUUAAGAUCCUCACCAAAACAUUCAAAGGAACUCGCUUUGUCAUGUAAAUUGUUUGCUUUUUUGAAAAAAAAAUUUAAUUUGUCAUUUUUUUUUCAACAUUUAGAACCUUGAUUCAUCAAAACCCGUUCAUCAAAACCAUAUUUCUCCUGUUGUUACUCGCCCGUACUUUUUCAGUGUUACUUCAUCUUAUUAUGAGUCAAAUUGUUUAUAUUAUCUUGUUUUAAUGUGAAAUAAGAAUGCAAAUUCUUGUUCGGACAAUUUGUUCGCAUUGUUAUGUUUUUUAAGCUUGGUGUAAAUAGAAGUCGUCUUUUGUGCUCUUUCUGGGACCUAUGCAUAUUGGAGGUACAUUGCACAAAGCCGUUCUAUAGAACACUACACUAAGAUGGUGAAAGAUAUUUGAUUUCGAUAAUUUUGUCUUAUCAAAGCGCCAUAAAGUUCUAAUAAAAAUAAUGAUAUUGCCCUAUCUACUGAUGUCCGUAUUGUUCAAGGAACAAAGUAGAUUUCUUUUGAAAUGCUACUAACAGAAACCUAAGUUUCCGCUCUCAUUAGUGGCAAGUUUACACCUUGUCAUCACAUGUCGUUAUUGAGAUAACCUUUUGCUGUCUUUCUUUUGGAAAAUAGCUUUAGACAAAGAAAACACCUGUUCCUACCACUUUUGGUUUAUUUGUACGAGUUAUAAUCCGAUUUCUGGAAGGGUUUAGUUUUUUUUAUAUCCGAAAUGUUGCUAUAUCAUUGCGGUUAGGGGAACUUUGACAAAAAAAAAUUUUAAAUUUUGUUUCAAGAAUUUUCUCUCUAAAAUAUUCUGGAGAUUUUUGGAAAGGAGGUCUCUACCGUCUUCGUACUAAGCACUAUUUACACUUUUACAAGCUAUUGUUGUAUAAACAAAUUAACCAUAUUUUUUCUAGAAACUUUGAGAGUAAAUAAGUAUCGAUGUUACUCGGUAAAUUGCAAUUUAUUUAUUUCAAACUUAUUUUAAUUCGACCAGAUCUUGACUACAGUGGAAUAGAAAGUGCAAUUGAUAGUCGUUUCGAUAGAAAAAAAAAACUCGAAGCUAAACAUUUUCACACAGACAUCGCACAGGUGUAGAUGGUAUGAUAAGUACUCGUCUGUCUAUGAUGGACACGUUUCCGGCUAACAGAUAAGCCCAAAUUACUUUAAAAGAGCUGAGGGUAAUUCUACCCAAGCACUUCAGCCUGAGUUUCAAACAGAAAAGUUCUCUUUAAGUAGUUGCCGUAAGUAUCAAUUGAUGUUGUGCCAGUUUCAUACUUGUGCAGUAUGCGAAGGUUGUGGUAAAACAGAGAGCCUCACCCUUCGUCCUUCGUCGACUUUGUCCUGCUAAUGAAACUUAGCUGCUUUUUUGCUUUCCUCUGUGCUAGCAGAAACAACAUCAUGAAAGUCUUGAUUUGUCUUACCUUGGUGGCUCUUCUUUGUUGCACUGUAGAAGGUAAGCUCUUAAGUUACUAUAUUUGGAAAGUAAAGUUUUCUUAUUCCGACAGAGGGUCUCAAUUGAAGGGUACGGAUCUUGAGCGGUCGAUGGUUGAUCACCCCACAGAACUUAAGUCGGCAAAUUUAGCUUUAUUUCUCACAAAAUGUCUCAUUUUUUAAAUAAUCAAAAGCGCCAAUGCUCGUCUAAUUUCAAGUUAAAGUGAAAUCUUAGUCACACUUUGCACAAGCACUACAGAAUAUUUUGCCAGUUUCCUGCCCUCACUCCGACCAAGAUGGAAUGAAGUUACCAUUCCAUGGAAAACAUGAUAGAGAGAAGCCUAGCCGAUGAGGUUGGUUUUGCCAACUAAACUUUUCUGAUAUGAGCAUUUGUAUACAGGUAAGAAAAGAAAAAAAGUUACAAGGACACAACAGCAGGAGGGAGAACCGUGCAGUCUUUCGUCUGGCAUUCCUUGGGGAGACUGUUUUCAAGCAGUAAACUGUCCUUCUUCACCUUCACUCAACUGUGCAGAUGGCCUGAGAUGCUGCAGACCUCCUAAAGAAGAUAGCAGGUACAUUUACAACUUCUUUAAGGGAAUUUUUACCACACCAGGGCCACCUAUAAACCCCGGCUAAAUCACCCUUCUGUAGCAAGUGUUUAUGAGCGUUAAAAUAAAAAAAAUCGGUCAGUCCUCCUUGCCACGUAACACUUGUCGAUAAGAGGGUCUUUGCGUCUUGAUUGAGGAUUGUUGAUAGGGACUAAGACAGCAACGGCAACAAGAAUGUUUGGAAAUAAAAGAUUUUCAUGAUUGGAACAAUGCACAGUUUGCAUUACUCGGCCAUCCUUUCCGAAAAAAAAAAACGUAAAAUCACCAUUUUUUUUUUUUAAUCUGAAAACAGCACUUGCGAAUGCAAAUAGUGCACGUGUCUACUAUAAACUUAAUAUUGCAUUCACAUUUUACGGUUACUUAGGGGAGAUCUGGCGUCGUGAGAGAAGAUAAACACAGGGAAUUGCUGACAAAAUUCACUGGAAAAGCGAAAGUUUAUUCUAAGGGAACUUUCAGUGCUUGGCUUUGCCUUCGGAACAUCCUGAUCUCCCAUCUGAUCUUACUGAACUAAAAAACUUCUUGUUACUCUUUCUUUAAAUCUCAGUGAGGAAGACACCAAUGCAAGUGAGGGAGAUACAGCGUAUGACAAAUUCCUGAUGGACAUGAAAAAAUAUUAUCCCUAGAAGAGCCAGACCGUUUCAUGCCGUCGUUUAUUAUGAACAUGACAAAUAUAAAGUUGUAUGAGGGUUUCAACUAAAAAAUUUUUUUGUAGUGUUCAUUCAUGUUCAAACUUCAUUAAAAUUGUAAACGUAAC